GAAGUGAAUUGAAACUUUUUAAUGGUUCAAGAAUAUCCCUACCAAAUCACGACACCAUGGAUCUAAGCUCCUAUGGCUUCGUGGAUACAACCAGUGUGGACGAAUCGGACGCCUCGUCUGUGCCAAGCACACCCGGAGCGAUGAAUCUGACGCCGAAAAUAAUGACAGGUGACCAAUGCUGCCACCACUUCCAAUCGCAGAAUGUCUUCACGUCGGAACAUGAGCCUCUCGUCCUUUGUGCUACAGAUGAUCAGGUAUUCUUGGCGACACACAUGGCCAAUGGUAACUGCCAGAUUGAAGUGAGGUGCAUGAGCGACCCUGGGUGUCCCGUACUUCACACAUUCCCAACGAUCACACCCGUCAAGUCCAUCAUUUACAACAAAGAGGGUCAGUACAUAGCAACCCUUGAAGAGAAAAUCCGAGGCACCCAAAGGGAUACCUUCUCUCAUAUAUACCUCCAUUGGGAUAUCAGUGGCGACGACCAGCCACUCAAGGCACGAGUUGCGGGGAGAAUCACUGACCUUACGGGGCAUUCUGACCGCAUGAACUCUAUUGAAGUCAUCGAGAUUCUCACCAAACGGGGACCGAAUUGUAUCGCGUGUUGUGAAAAGACGGGAAAUAUCGCAAUAUCAUGGGGCAAUUCGGUGUCAAUUUUUAAAUAUAUCGUGAAGAUGUUCAACAAUGAGCAGUACAAAGAUUUCAUUCGAAUCAUGGAGAUCGAUUUCAAUUUCAAGACAAAAAAAUGCUGUUUGAACGAAAACGUUCUUGCGGUUUGUUCAAAUCAUACGAUGCAGGUCAUUAGGAUUAACUUGAGCGAGAGAGUCCCGCGGUAUCAUAGCGAGGCUGUGAGCCAAUAUGAAUCACAGCAACACGACGCAGAGUAUUCAGCGGAUAGCAUGUUUGCGGGGUUUGAGAAAGUUCCGUCGAUUUGUCGAACUGAUUCCAUUGAUUUUGGUGGGAAGUUUGUCUCGGAUGAUUACGUGAUCGUUGACGAGGCAGCAACAACUUGGACGUUUGUGGAUGAAGAUCCCAAGGCUACUGAUCAAGGAAUAGACUCUGUCCGUCCUCCCAGCAUAAAACGCACAGUCCAUGUUCCAGGUCAAUUAUUGCCGAAGACGGUCCAUCUUCCGACGCUCCAGGCGGCAGUGGAGUCAGACGCAUUGAAAAGUCAGCAUCUCCCACUGGAAGUCCUUGGUCCUCGGUCCUAUAUUCCAGGACAGGAUGCAAAGAUCAAUAUCAAAGACGAGGACAUCAGUAUGAACUUCGAAUCCAGCAUCACUACCCUGGUCUUCAGGAGGUUAACGACACUCACGGACAAUGCGUUACACACAAUUCAGUUGCUGCCUGUUUAUGCUCCUGAGUCGAUGGAUCCAUCUUUAUCGAAGCGAGGCUUGAGGUCCCUGAACCCACUGAAGUCUGUUUACUUCGACAAGCUGGUCAGCUUGUGCUUCUUUGUGAGCAAUGCAAAGCGCGGAUAUGUUUACAAUCUUCUUGGGGAGGUGAAGCUACUCUGCUGCUAUCCAUAUGCUGAACCCACUCAAAACGUUGCCCUGACGGACACACUCGUUCACACAGUGACCAAUAAAGGUCUCCUCACGUACACUGGCAGACACUUUGUGCCAGCGCUCUAUAAAUUGAAGAAUUUCGACAAUAUUGAAACGACGUGUCCUUCCCCAGACCUUGAUGUCUGCCUCUUCGGUACACAGCCUUUCAUCGGCAUCCAGAGUGUCUGCCUCACAAACAGCCAUGUGGUUUUACUCACCAAGGUGCAGCAUGAAGACAACAGUGAUGAAGACUACAGCUGGAGCAUGUACGCCCUGAAAAGUUCCAUGAUUGUUGCCCUGUGUGCUGAAGUGCAUGAGUUGACCUCCACCCUCCGUCACAUGAGUCCAGCAGAUCAUGUUCACCUUCUACAAGAGUCGCAGCUCCUGAUCCAGUAUGCUAUGUUACACGGCCUUGAGCAAGAAGAGAUUGAACAGAUGUUCAAAACGUGUUGCACCAUGUUGGGAGAUUACUACGCAAUGCCAGACCAUGAAGACUGGACAUUGACCGUGCCAUAUUAUAAGAUGGCAGGGAUGACGGUGCCUGAAGUCAUCAAGCGGCAUUAUGCAAUGUUCGUCGGCACUGGAGGAAUGGAGUUUGAGGAUCUCCGCUCCUUAGAAUUUGGGGAAGGCCUCGUGGCAUAUCUUGUUCACGUCUUAUUUGAGGCUGGUGAUCCAUUCACCCUGGAAGAGAACCUCGGAGACUUUGUUUUGGCAGCGAUAGCAUCAAAGUGCCCCCAGAGACUGGCAGAGGUCAUUGCAGUCUCCAGGUUAAAGGAUUUCUCCGAUGUGCAUGCUGAGAUAAUACUUGCUGAAUUGAUGAGUAAACCGACAAAGACAGUUGCGUCUGCUCUACAAAAGCUUGUACGGGCUGUUUUGAAGUUGAGGCUUGGCGAGCCAAAUGAUGCCAAAAUUAUGUUGACAUCCAUGUCUAAGACUGACAUUGUCUCUCUCUGCACCACUCAUCACCAACUACUUCAUGAGAAUCUCUCAAAAUGGACCGAUCUGGCACAACUCCUGCGUUCACUUCAUCGAGCAGCAUUCACCAAAAUCUUAGUGAACCUCCUCGACAAAAAGACCAUCGGUUUGAACAAUACCGUGGAGUUGCUACAAGGACCUGAAGAGGGCGCUGGUAGUAAUGGCCAUGUCAGAGAAUACCUUGAAGCUGUCUUAGCCUGCGACUCAAGAAAGUUCUGGUUUACUGAUGCGGCGGGCAUGUUGAGUAAGAUCUAUCUGUCCAAUCUCAGGUCCCAGGAACCACCGGCAAUGCGUUCACCAGAGAAAUCUCAUUCUCAUCUACCAAAAGGAAAUGGGCAUUUUGGGAAGCGCCACCUCUGGCUGAAUGAGUUACCACCAUUCACGGGUCCUGACUGCAUAUCACGUCCAUGUCUCUAUCUCCGCUCGUCUGUGAGGUCAUCGUCACCUCCUAAACCGUCCUCGUCUGCAGAGACGUGUACAUGCUGCUGCUGCAAUGAGGAUCUUCUUAAGUUACAGUCUCUCGUCUGCUCCUGCCAUGCUUCCAGUUCCCUCCUCCAUGAUGUGUUAUAUGACCUUGGAGAGUCUGUAGAGGUCAAGGGAAGAGACUCAUUACAGAUCCUGUGUUUGGCUCAGACCGACCCAUUGAGCACAACUGAUAAAAUAUUACAGACAUUUCCUCUGGUGCUGCCGCAGUUUUCUAAGCAGAUGCUAGGUGAAGACAGCCAUAAGUGGGCAUAUGUUGCAGAAAAAGUGACGACCCUGCUGAGACAAAACAGUGAGAAGAAGGAUCUUUACAAGAAAAUAUAUGAAGGUCUACUCACAGAGAUGUCAGAGAUACUCCCCCUCAAAGAGUUCCUCCGCCUCCUCCCUGCUGAUGGUAACCUCGGCUUCUUUGUGCCAUAUAUGGAGAAGUCGUACCGAUCAAGCGCCACCUGUGGGCUAAAGGAGAAAAUCAUCCAUAAUGGGGAGACACUCUAUUCGGGGUCUUUGAGUCUGUCGUGGUGAAGAAGGAUAUGAAAUGGAAUCCUACAAGCCCGGUGUUAACCUGAUGGACUGUUGAAGCUUAUUUUGAUGGUAGAAAAUCGGGACGAUUUAGAAAAUCGUACAUGAGUGACUGCAUGACAUUAGACAACAACUUGUGACUAGGAAUUCAGACAUUAGCAUUCCCCAUCGUGAAUGAUGUUUAUUUCAAAGAUAAUAACAAGUGGGCAGUCUGGAUAUUGCAAACUUUGUUUUGAUCAGUGACAUUUUGGAGAUGAUCAAAUAUACUGUAGGCAAGUUGGUGCGAGUAGAAUCAUUGAGCCUAUUUGUGAACAAAAAUACAUCAUCAUCAUCAUCAUCAUCAUCAUCAUCAUCAAUAGCGGCUUCGUGGCCCUCCUGGUCUUUGCCUCCUGUUAAACAAAAAUACAUCAUCAUCAUCAUCAUCAUCAUCAUCAAUAGCGAGAAUACCGUUCUUGGUUCGACAUGUUCGAGAUGUUCGAGACACGUGUACUGUACGGCAAUAGGGCCUACUCAAGGCCUACUGUAAAUUUGUCAGGAUCCGUUGUAACUUAGAGUAACCUGACUAAGGUUGUAAGUUUCAAAAGUGGAAUCACUUGCAGUUGAAAGGACUUUUAUCACAGAAUGAAGGCCAUCCAUCUGGAAGCUGCAACAUUCAACGACAUUGAUUGAUUGAACAUAAGAUUUUAAAAUCAUUGCUCUCUCCUGGCUUUUUGAUUAAGGAGGUUUAAUAAAUACAUUAUUAUUAUUAUUAUUAUUAUUAUUAUCAUUAUUAUUAUAAUUAAUCCUGACUGAGAUACAGGUUUUUGAUACUCCUACAUUGUAAACAAUCGUUUGAAAUAUCACGAGGCGGAGUAUCAGUAUAUUUAAAACCACUGAUAAUGUCAGGAUGAGGAUACCAGCCUUCUUCACCACUAGUACCAGUUUUCAUUGCAAGAAACUGUUUCAGGAAAAACUAGCAACUGUACUGAUUAACACACUGUUCGAUUUCUAUAGACCCAAUCCGUAAUAAUCAAAUAAAAAGGUUAUUCAUUUAUGGCAUGGCCAAUCCCAUUACCAAUCUGGCUUGGCCAAUUACAUCUGACACCUUUGUUUGGUUAUCUAAGGCAACAACAGACUCUGUCAACGUUUGAAAGAAGGUUUGGGCAUUGUUACAUAAAACCACUACCUGUCACAUUUUUAAUCUUCCAAUGCUUGGUUCAAGCAUGCAUUGCAGGCAGCACAUUCGUUCUGGUGGGGUGUACAUGGUUUUUCCAAAAAGAACUAUCUCCAAUUUUGACUUAUUUCAACAUUUUGAAAUAGCAAAAUUAUUUGUGUUUAACAUCAAUGUUCUUAAAGGUGGGUAUCACCGUGACUGAAUCUUGACAUUAUCUCGUUUUACAGGCAAAAGAGAUUUUGGAAGAAGGCACAACUUUCCUUUGUUCAAUUUUUGGCGGGAAAAUGCAUUGCCUAUGGCCCAAUAUGCUGUAUAAUUAUGCAUUUGUACCAAUUUGUCAUUUCAGAUGAUUGACCCAACCUUGUCUGCAAUUGCAUUCGAAGAUCCUUGUUUGAUUUCCAAGAAGAAGGCUUUCAGUUGUCCAGGCCAGGCCAGGAGACCGAUGACAAUGAUAGAUCGGGUUCGAUUCAAGCUAUACGCUUGGUGUAUUUGGUUAUCGUGACUGGCGACUUGAGUCUAUCUCAUCUCAUGUCCAAAGCGCGGUGGCUGGGUCCCAGGCAUGCUUGCCACUCUGUUCUGCGGUCCUCAUCUAAGUUUCGACGGUGAUGACAUGGACUUAGGUUCAGGGUACGUGUUCCCGUUGAGUCAUCGUGGUUGAUUGAUGGGGGCAAUAAAAGUUGCGUGUCGCUAGUCAUUCAAUUGGUCCCCUUGUUUUAGAGUGUUGGCGGGAUAAGUCUUACGACUGUUAACAAUAGUAAGCAAUAGCUGGCCAGCGAUCCCCUACCUGAUCUCGAGGGGGAUGGAAUGACUGGGGUCCAAGACCUGUUGUUAACCUGCGGAAUUUCGUCGGACGAUAUGUCAGGCGUGUCCGUGUGGGACUUGUGCUAAACCAGUUUAGUACAUAUGACGAAGACAUUGGGCUCUUUGGAUAACAACAGUGUUCUUGACCUCCUUGUGCUUCACAAAGCUUAUAUAUACACCCGCUGAAAUUGACAAGACGGCGAUGAAGAAGGAGAGCCGGCUUCCAGCUUGAGAGCCGAGAAGACACUGGAUGGACCCCAAGGAUAUGUUGCUGCCAAUGUUGGAGCCAUACAGGGCAGCCCGAGCCAACAUUGUACAAGGGCCACAAGGUCAGAAGGGACACAAGGACAAGGGACACAAGAAUAAGGGACACAUAAGACGAUGUUGCAGUCUACAGGGCUAUGCAGAUGACUGGAGAUGAUGGCUGUUGAGUUGACCCAAUGACUUCCACCACGAUCUACGAUGCGUACUGAAGCAAGAACGACGCUCAAAGACCCGAAAAACAACAGAUGUCAACACUUUGCCCCAUGAUAAGAUGCCUUCAUACUCAUCCAUCAACAAUUUGGGGAAGACAGCCUAAUUGACCUUCAUGGGGAUCUUCCUGGCAGAUGUUGUAUGAGGAAGGAUUCAAUGCAUAUACACCAUGCUUGGAUGAGGGUCUGAGAAUCGGGUAGAUUCAAUGGAUGGAAUCAUUUCGCUCAGGGAUAUCGGCAGUGGACACUUACAUCGUGUGUCUUUCGAAUAGACUUUAAUGACAAUCGAAAUGAUGCUCUAAGGGGACUCUGAUGACUCUAAGGACAUAGAGCCCUUCUCAUGAUGUAAUGUGACGCCAUAUCCAGCAGCCACCGUAGAGCCAGCUCAUCUCUAACAUAUGGAAGGAUGCCAUCUCAUACGGAGAUGAGCCAUCCCACAGAAAGGAGGAUGUUGCUGAGCCAGCGCAUCUCUACCAUGCUCCCGUCGCCGUCAAGGAGGUUGGAUUUUUGUCACCGUAGGCCUUACCCUUUUAUUGCAAUAUAUGAUUGAAAGGUGAUUCGAUAAAAAUCCUGAUACUUUAUUUUCUGAUUGCGAGAAGGCACUUAUUUGCCUUCUUUUGGGCAAUGACAAACUUUUGCCAUGGCUCAAAUUCGUACACAUUUAAAGAAGAAUUUAGAAAAUUUGGGGGAGGGUGUUGUCAUAAGGGAACCAGGGCACGUCACAAGCCCAGAAAUUAUUUUCAAGGAAGAUUUAUAAGAAAAAUCAAAAUGUGGAGGGGAUUUCCUGGCUAACACGGGACAGCCAACAGUUGGUACCCAAACAAAACAUUCGCCAUAGCUUACGGUACGGUACAUUGGGACCCUACCGGCUGCUUCAGAUUUGUUUCAAGCAAAAAGAUCUUUCUACUUAAACAAUCACCGAAUUCAUCAUAUAUUGUAUUUGGUUAUGUCCAUCACAUGAGACAUGGGGUUCACAUGACAUUCGCUUUGCUCUGACCCCAGGCAAAGCGAAUGAACAUGUGUGUCUUGAUGGAGCUGUAGGCCUUUUUACUGUUUCUUGAUCUCUUCAGUACCACAGAAUCCACCGACAUUUAAACACCACCUGGGCCCAGUCACCAAAGAUCCUUCAUUGGCUGGCUCAGUUGCUCAGUGUCUUCACCUUCAUACUUUAGACAACUGACCAACAACACAAAUCUAGUGAAUUUUUAUUUCCUCGUCACUUUUUAAUCAAUACCCGUGAACGAAAAAAUCUCGGGAUGCGAAACAACUUUUCACCAAUUCAACUGAUAAGCUUUGUCAAUAAACCUAUUGUUUUAUUGAGACUUAUCAGAAUAAGACUGGUUCUUGAUCCUACCUAUAGCGGUCUCACAGGAAAGAAUCUUAGUCUUUUUCUUUGUUUCGAUUCAAGAAGACCUUUAUUGCAAGAGCAUAAUUAUCAUGUUCUGCAGGUUAUGAAAGAUAUCAUUUUGCCUCAUCAAGAACAUUUUUAUCGGACUUGGUACUGAAUGAUUGAGAAAAGUGUAACGUCAAAAUGUAAGACGUUUUAUAUUGUCAUAUAAUGUAAUUAUAUUUGUAAUGCAUGUAAACCUUGUAAGUAAAAUAAAAGAGAUCUAAGACUCAACUUGCAAAAAACCUGGCAGACCACAACAUACAGUCUUGCCAGGUCAAGCUACCUCUUUUGUCAUGCAAAUACAUGUCACCUCUGCUCCUUUUGUCAUGCUAAUUGGCAGCCUCUGUCCAGUUCCUGGCCAUGAGAAAUGUGUUUCUUUUGUUAUUCAAAUUGGGCCCUGAACCUGUUUAGUCAUGAAUUAAUGAGAGCAGUGAACCUAUUGUUCACUGAACAUGGCUUAACUUAAGUCAUACACAAUAGGUUUUAAUACAUGUACAAGAGCUAAAGUUGUACAGAAUGUAUGGACAUGAUGAAUCCAGCUCAUUGUUGGAAUUGUUGAGUCAUCUCGUGUAAGAUCUCUGUUCAGCAGUGUCUUUUUUGGACAUUUUAAAGGAGGAGAACAUGUGUGAUAAUACAAUUAUCUCCAUGUCUCGUCCUUUAAUGGGCAUUGGAGUGGCUACAGAUCAAUGUAAUGUACAUGUAUGAAGUCAUUAUGGUCGUAAGCGCUGUGCCUGUCACCUGUGUGAUGGAGUUGACGACUCCCUCCGAUUGCGUAGGUUUUCUCCCGUUGAAACGGUUUUCCUCCUACACUGUCUUUCCAAAUUGUCUUGUUAGGAUAA